GACACAGGGAGAGAGCAACUCCUUCCCUCCGGUUUAAGGAGGCAAGAGCCGGGCUGGUCCGGGCUCCUUUUGUUUCCCGUUAGUCAGGCCCUCGCCGCUCCCCCUCAUCGGCAUCCUGCGGCAAAACUCCCCUCUCCUUGCAGCCGCUUUGGCUUCUCCUCCUUUUUAAAUUUUUUUUUCCCCCCCUUCGCACUCGUCUGCCGGGCUUUAAUCGCAAGUUUUGCUCUGCAAAGGGUCCCCGCAGAGGGUGGAGGGAGGAAGUCGGACGGACUCCGCUCCUCAUUGGUGAGGCAGCCUCCCCCCUUCUCCUCCUCCUGAGUGGAAAAGCCUUGCCAGCUGGGGAAAGCUGGGAGGGCAGGGAGAGCCUCGGCAGGCAGCAGAUAAAGAGUGCGGAGGAGGAGAGGAAGGAAUUUCAGGGCGGCCAGCGCCCGUGGGACGUGUGGCACAGGCACUCGCCCGGUGGGACCCUGCCCAAGGGUUUGGCCACCGAGCCACGGAGCUCGCCAUGCUGCACCCCUCUCUGAAGACAAUUCUCUGGCUCCUCAUCCUCACUGGUAUGCUGGUGGUAACAUCUGGGGGCAGCGGGCUGCGCAUCGAACCUGGAGACGCUGAGCUUGUCCUCGGCCUCCACAGCACCUUCUCCCUCUUGUGCUAUGGAGAUGGCAUGCUGGUUUGGGAACGGGAGGGUCAGCCCCUCACUGCCUCACUGGAGCACAGGGAUGGUGUCUUCGUCAGCAAUCUCACCCUCAGGAACGUAACAGGCCGUCACACUGGGGAGUACGUGUGCACCUACAGCCCUGACCAGGCUCCAGACACAGCAGAGAGGAAAGCCCUGUACAUCUAUGUUCCAGAUCCCUCCCUGGUCUUCCUCCCAACAAUCACCUCUGAAGAGCUCUUCAUCUUCAUCACGGGCUACACAGAAGCCGUCAUCCCAUGCCGUGUGACGAACCCACAGAUGCAGGUGACCCUCUAUGAGAAAAAGGUGGAGAACCCCAUCCCAGCUUCUUAUGACCCACAACAGGGAUUCAAAGGCUUCUUUGAGGAUAAGACCUAUUUCUGUCGGACGUUUGUGGAUGACCAGGAGGUGGAUUCAGACACCUUCUACGUCUACAGGAUCCAGGUCUCAUCUGUGAAUGUCUCCAUCAGCGCAGUGCAGACCAUAGUGCGUCAGGGAGAAAAUGUUACCCUGAUGUGCACCGUGAGCGGCAAUGAGCUAGUCAACUUCAACUGGGAUUAUCCCCGCAAGCAGGCGGGGAAGGUUGUGGAGCCAGUGACUGACUUCCUGCCCGGAUCCACCCACGAGAUCCGCUCCAUCCUCAUCAUCCAGAAUGCAGAGCUGGAGGACAGUGGGACCUACAUUUGCAACGUCUCCGAGGGAUACCAUGAGAAAACGGACAGGAAAGACAUCACAGUCCAUGUGAUCGAGCAUGGCUUUGUGCACUUCCACACCCACCUGCCCAGCACAGUGUAUGCCGAGGUCCACAAGAGCCGCACCAUCCAGGUGGAGGUGGAGGCGUAUCCACAACCCAACAUUGUGUGGCUGAAGAACAACAAGACAUUGACCAUGGAGAGCAGCAGCGAGUUCACCAUCACCAGCAGGAACCUGUCAGAAACCAGGUACCAGACGGCUCUGGUGCUGGUGAGGGUGAAGCAGGAGGAAGGAGGAUUUUACACCAUCCGGGCUUCCAAUGAGGAUGAUGAGCAGGAGCUGUCCUUCCAUCUGCAGAUAAAUGUGCCAGCCAAAGUAGUGGAUCUCAAGGAAAACAGCAGUGCCAGCAGUGGGGAGCAGACUGUAACAUGCUCUGCUGAAGGCAUGCCCCAGCCAGAGAUCAGCUGGUCUACUUGCAGCGACAUCAAAUGGUGCAGCACCAAGGGGCAGCCCACCCGCCUGCUGGGGAAUGAGUCCGCAGAGAUCGGUCUGCAGACCAACACCACGUACCACACAGAGCUGCAGGUGUACCGCGUGAACAGCACCCUGCAUCUGCACAGGGUGGACGAGCCCCUGCUCCUGAGAUGCACCGUGAAAAACUUCCUGGGCACCAACUCCCAGGACAUCACUCUGGUCCCACAUGCCUUGCCGUUCAAGGUGGUCAUCAUCUCUGUCAUUCUGGCCUUGCUGGUUCUCACCGUCAUCUCCCUGAUCAUCUUGAUCGUCCUGUGGCAGAAGAAACCUCGUUAUGAAAUCCGCUGGAAGGUGAUUGAGUCGGUCAGCUCUGAUGGGCACGAGUACAUCUACGUGGAUCCCAUGCAGCUCCCUUAUGACUCCAGCUGGGAGGUGCCCAGGGACAAGCUGGUGUUAGGACGCACUCUUGGCUCUGGUGCCUUUGGACGCGUGGUGGAGGCAACAGCCCAUGGCCUGAGCCAUUCCCAAUCCACCAUGAAAGUGGCAGUCAAAAUGCUCAAAUCCACCGCCCGGAGCAGUGAGAAGCAAGCCCUCAUGUCCGAGCUGAAGAUCAUGAGCCAUCUGGGACCUCACCUCAACAUCGUCAACUUGCUGGGGGCCUGCACCAAAGGAGGGCCCAUCUACAUCAUCACCGAGUACUGCCGCUAUGGGGACCUGGUGGACUACCUGCACCGCAACAAACACACCUUUCUGCAGUCCUUCGGUGAGAAGGCGCGGCGAGAGGCAGAGGUGUACGGGAACACUGCCAAGGAGGACCACGUGCAGAGUCAUCUCUCCUUGUCUGUUGAGAGCGAUGGGGGCUACAUGGACAUGAGCAAGGAUGAUUCCCUGGAUUAUGUGCCCAUGUCUGACAUGAAGGGCGAAGUCAAGUAUGCUGACAUUGAGUCUUCUAACUACGGCACCCCAUACGAGCUGGACAGCUAUUCCCCAUCAGCUCCUGAAAGAACAGACCGGGUGACGCUGAUAAAUGAGUCUCCACUCCUCAGCUACAUGGACUUGGUGGGAUUCAGCUUCCAGGUGGCCAAUGGCAUGGAAUUCCUGGCUUCCAAAAAUUGUGUUCAUCGUGACCUGGCUGCCAGGAACGUCCUCAUCUGUGAGGGGAAGCUCGUGAAGAUCUGUGACUUUGGCCUGGCAAGGGACAUCAUGAGGGAUUCCAACUAUAUCUCCAAAGGCAGUACAUUCUUGCCCCUUAAGUGGAUGGCUCCAGAGAGCAUCUUCAACAACCUCUACACCACCCUGAGUGAUGUGUGGUCCUUUGGGAUUCUUCUCUGGGAGAUAUUCACUCUAGGGGGCACUCCGUACCCUGAGCUGCCUAUGAACGAACAGUUCUACAACGCCAUCAAGCGUGGCUAUCGAAUGUCCAAACCCACCCAUGCCUCUGAUGAAAUCUAUGAUAUCAUGCAGAAGUGCUGGGAGGAGAAGUUUGAGAUCAGACCAUCCUUCUCACAGCUGGUGGUGCUUAUGGGAAAUCUCUUGGUGGAUUGCUACAGAAAGAGGUACCAGCAGGUGGAUGAAGAGUUCAUGAAGAGUGACCACCCUGCUGUUGUCCGCACAAGACCCACAAUCCCUGGGAUGAACAACGCCAGGCUCACUGCCAGCUCCCCCACUGGAAGCAUCCUCUACACAGCUGUGCACCAGAACGGGGGUGAGAAUGAUUAUAUCAUUCCUCUUCCCGACCCCAAGCCUGAGACAAUCUGCGAUCUCCCUCAGGAGGCCUCCAUCAGUCGGGCCAGCUCUGUGCUGAAUGAGGCAAACACAUCAUCUACAAUAUCCUGUGACAGCCCUCUGGGCCUCCAGCAGGAUGAGGAGCAGGAAUCUGACCCACAGCCAGGCUGCCAGGAGCCAACCACAGGACACCAAGAAGUGGAAGAGAGUUUCCUGUAGUCAGAGCUGGGCUGACUCUGCAUCUCCCUAUGGAGAGGCCAGCUGAGGGGCUGACCCAGAUGUCACAGAGAGCCAUGCUUUGCGCUUGUACACUGGGACAUACCCACCUGUCCCAGCAUCCCUCCUCCCCUCCCGUCUCCCAGCGCUGGGUGAGGAAUUAAAGACUUUUCCGCAUUGCCAUCCCCUUCCCCCUUACAAAGAGGUGGCUUAGUGCCAGAAACCUUCCAGAUCACUGCCACAUCCUCCUCAGUGAUCAAACCACUGCAGGAGGGAGACAUCUCACAGACCAACAUCUUCUUUCAAGUGGAAGAUGUGGGUUGGAUCUCCACAAGAGAUACCACUUUCUGCAUUGCUAGGAUGAUACUCCAGCCUCUUCCUCCUCCAUGGCAAUGAGUUUCAUCUCCUCUGCACCAGCACUUCUCUGAUGGUCUCAGCACCAGACACACCGUGGUUCUGUGAAAUGCCACUGGGAUGGAUGAUUUCCUUGGAGUCCAUUGCUGCAGUGUAGAGAACCUGAAACACCAACCUUCAGCUGCUGGAGAUCAAGAGUACAUUGGGUAGAUUUUAUUCCAAGCACAGCCAAGUCCUGGAGAGACCAACCAGUGUCUCAGAGAUACUGAAUCACCAUUUUCCUUUCUUGACAGCUCUUCUACGGUGGAUAGAGCGUCACAAGCACUACAGGUACCCAUGGCUCUGGGGCACAGCUCUGCACCCAUCUAGAGGGGCUGCCACACCCUGAACCCUGUUGUGCCCAGCAUGGCACCAGGAGCCCCAAGGGCAUGCCAGGAACUCAAAAUGCUCUCACAGUGACUCUGUUGUAGUAACAAAGAGGGCAGUUCAGUGUUGUUCGUGUCGCCUGUGUGGACACUAAGCUAAUUAUCCUUCACUGAAGAUUUAAAGGGAACAAAUAUAUUAAUCCACUAGCCAGGGCCAGUAUAAGGAAGUAAUAUGGCUAUUCAUUAAUCUACUGCCACUAAGCCUAGCUCAUCUGCUGGGAAAUCAUAUAACCCUGCCAGCUGCAAAGUCUUUGUGCCUUAUCUUUGGGAAGCAAGGGCUCCCUUUUGAUAGACUGUUCACCCAAACACCCUUUCUCAGGAUGGGAGGUCUCACCGGUCCCUCCUGAGUCAUAGCAAGACUAUGGGGAGCAAUAAGGAUGCCAGAACACCGACCCAGGGACAUCUCAAAAGAAAGAGAGGGAGAGGGACUGGGAAGCUGUUUGGUCACAGCUGAAGUGUAUCUCACACCCUGCCACUUUCUGGGGGCCAGGUAUCACCACAUGCAGCCUGCCAGGGCUGUGGAUGAAAUGUCAUGGGGAGUCAAGCAGAGCAAGAGGAAUCGGAGAGGAUUCCUCUCUCUUGGAAAGUAUUUUGAAGAAUAAUAAAAGGACAGAGACCUUCCUCCUGCUUCUCACCUCCUUCCUCACUUCUCACAGGCAGGCCUGGAACUUCUUGUGCUCUCAGCUGGCACUUGAAUGAGGAGACUCAAAUCAGGAGGAACACCAGGCUUUUGAAAUCAGUUGUGAGCCCCACCUCUGCAGAGAUGAAAGCUGGACCCCAAAAACUACAGGUCUGACCCCAUAGAAACUAGCAGGGUUUUUUUCUGAAAGUAGCGCUGUUGGCUGCAUGCC